GAAGCCACACCUGAAAGUCCACAUCAACACCACGAGUGACUCCGUCUUCUUGAAGUUCCUGCGUCCAAGUCCAAACGUGAAGCUUGAAGGUUUCCUCCUGGGAUACGGCAGCAACAUUUCUCCAAAUCAGUACUUCCCUCUUCCGGCGGAAGGGAAGUCCACGGAGGCUGUAGUUGAUGCAGAGCCAAAAUAUCUCAUAGUUGUGAGACCUGCUCCCCCUCCAAGUCACAAGAAGUCGUGCUCAGGUAAAACUCGUCCUCGCAAACCUCUGCAGCUGGUGGUUGGCACUCUGACACCGAGCUCAGUCUUCCUGUCUUGGGGUUUCCUCAUCAACCCACACCAUGACUGGACAUUGCCAAGUCACUGUCCCAAUGACAGAUUUUAUACAAUUCGUUAUAGAGAAAAGGAUAAGGAAAAGAAAUGGAUUUUUCAAAUCUGUCCAGCUACAGAAACAAUUGUAGAAAAUCUCAAACCAAACACCGUUUAUGAAUUUGGAGUGAAAGACAAUGUGGAAGGUGGAAUUUGGAGUAAGAUUUUCAAUCACAAGACUAUUGUUGGAAGUAAAAAAGUCAAUGGGAAAAUUCAAAGUACCUAUGACCAAGUCCACUCAGUGCCAGCAUAUGUCCCAAGGAAGCUUAUUCCAAUAACAAUCAUCAAGCAAGUGAUUCAGAAUGUUACCCACAAGGCUUCAACUAAAUCCCCAGAAAAGACUCCCUUUGGAGGAGUGAUACUAGUCCACCUUAUUAUUCCAGGCCUUAAUGAAACCACUGUAAAACUUCCUGCAUCCGUGAUGCUUGAGAUUUCUGAUGCUCUCAAGACACAAUUAGCUAAGAAUGAAACCUUGGCAUUACCUGCUGAAUCUAAAACACCAGAGGUUGAAAAAAUCCCAGCAUGGCCCAUAACAGUGACUCCUGAAACAGUUCCAAGGACCACUAAACCCACUAUGUCUAGUGCAUUAGAUGUUUCAGAAACAACACUGGUUCCAAGCGAAAGGACCCUGGAAACAUCACGAACUUUUCUAAUACCUCAGUUUGAAUUGCUACUGAGUACUCUAGCUCCAAAAAGGCUUCCAGAAUUUCCUGAUGCAAAAACACCCUUCCCUUUUGAGAAGCCUGAGGGCACCUUGGCUUCUCCAAGUGAAAAGCCAUGGAUUAUGCCUACAGCUAAAACAGCUGAAGAUUCCAAAAUUCUGCUGCCUCAAACUGCAACUUAUGAUGUUUUCUCAAGCCCUCCAACAUCCGAUGAGCCUGAAAUAUCAGAGUCCUACACAGCAACAAGUGAGCCUAUUCUGGAUUCUGUCCCACCUAAAACUUCUAGAACUCUUGAACAGCCAAGGGCAACACUGGCUUCAAGUGAAACACCAUUUGUUCCUCGGAAACUGGAAAUCUUUACAAGUCCUGAAGUGCAACCUACAACACUGGCUCCCCAGCAAACUACAUCUAUCCCUUCUGCACCUAAACGACGCCCCAAGCCCAAACCGCCAAGAACCAAACCUGAAAGAACUACAAGUGCUGGAACUUUUACAUCUAAAAUUUCUAAAAGCCCUGAACCUACACGGACAACGCUGGCUCCCAGUAAAACACAAUUUAUAUCUUUGAAACCUAAAAUCCCUCUCAGCCCAGAAGUGACACACACCAAACCUGCCCCAGAACCUCAGACUCUGCUGCCAUCACAGUCAACAAUAGGACCUGAAACACUGGGAACGAAACCUUCAACAACAACAUUAGCUCCACCAAAGACCAAACGACCAGGCCGCCGCCCCCGUCCCCGCCCUCGUCCUCGCCCUAAAACCACACCUAGUCCAGAAGUGCCCAAGUCCAAACCGGCUCUGGAACCUGCCACAGAACAACCGGAGCUCUUGGUGCCCACAAUUGUUCCUACCACAGCCAUUGAACCCAAAACUCUGAGAACUGAGACUCCAGAGACAACAUUAGCUCCAAAAACACCACGAGCAAGAACACGCCGUCCACGUCCCAAACAUAAAACCACACCACGCCCAGAGACACCUCAGACCAAACUAGACUUUGGACCUGUUACUCCUGGGAUCUCUUUAGCUCCAACAACAACAAAAAGACCCCGUCGUCCACAUCGCAAACCUAAAACCACACCCCAUCCAGAAGUACCUCAGACCAAACUGGUUCCUGCCACAGCCCUCGAACCAGUUCUUAGAACCGAGGCUCCAGGGACAACACUAGCUCCCGAGGUGCCUCAACAAACUCGCCAUCCACAUCCCAAACCUAAAACCACGCCAAGUCCUGAAGUACCUCAGACGGAACUGGUUCCUGCUACCGUCUUUGAACCAGUUUCUCCUAUAAAAGAGGCUCCAGGGACAGCAUUCGUUCCUGUUACAGAGCUUGAUCCUGUUACUUUUAGAACUGAGACCCCUGGGACAACCAUAGCUACCACAACGUCACAAAGAACCCGUCGUCCACGUCCCAGACCUAAAACCACACCAAGCUCUCAAGCACCUCAGACCAAAAUGGUUCCGGCUACAGUCCUAGAACCUGUCGUUCUUAGAACAGAAGCCUCAGGAACAACAUUAGCUUCCAAAACAUCACAACGGACACGUCGUCCACGUCCCAGACCAAAAACCACACCAAGUCCUGAAAGACCUGAAUCCAAACUAGUUCCUACUACAGCACUUGAACCUGAUAUGCUCAGAACUGAGACUUGGGUGACAACACAAGCUCCUAAAACAUCACAACGAACCCGUCGUCCACGUCCCAAACCUAAAACCACACCAAGUCCCGAGGCUCCUCAAACCAAACCGGUUCCUUCUACAGAUCUUGAACCUGGUACUCUUAGAACUGAAACUCCAGAAAUCAAGGCUGUUGCUACAGUCCUUCAACCUGAGACUUUUAGAACUGAGGCUCCAGAAACAACACUGGCUCCUAAAGCACAACGAACACGUCGGCCACGUCCAAGACCUAAAACCACAUCAAGUCCAGAAGUACCUCAGACUAAAUUGGUUCCUGUUCCAGGCUUUGAACCUGUUAUUCCUAGUACUGAGGCUUCAGUAACAACAUUUGCUCCCACUGAACUGAAAACUCUUACUUUGAAACCCGUGACAUCACCAAGCCUAGAAAUGACACAAAGCCAACCUGUUUCUGAUGUUCUGGAAUCGGUUACAUUUAGCACUGAGACAUCAAAGGAGACUAUAGCACCAGCGGAAACAGAUUAUGUCUAUCCCACUGCCAAAGCACCCCUCAGGCCAGAGGAGCCAAAGACAGAAGGUGGUAAAGUUAUGGAAUCUAUUACACAUGUGUCUGAACCACCUGAGACCACACUAGAAACAUCACCUCUGCCUUCUCAAACUAUAAUCCUACCCAGCCCAGAUGAGCCUCAGACUGAACCCGCUCCCAAGCAGACACCGCGUGCUCCUUCCAAGCCAAAAACAUCACCACGCCCAAGAAUCCCACAAAUACAACCAGUUCCUAAGGGGCCCCAGCGUGUUACUUCAAAACCAAAAACGUCACCAAGUCCAGAAGUGUCAUAUACCACACCUGCUCCAAAAGAUGUAUUCCUUCCCCAUAAACCAGAUCCCGAGGUCUCUCAGAGUGAACCUGUUCUGCAACCAGUUACCUAUAGAAUUGAGCCACCAAAGACAACAAUAGCUCUUUUAGAGACACGAGGCAUCCCUUUUAUGCCUAUGAUUUCCCCAAGUCCUAGUCAAGAGGAACUACAAACCACUCUGGAAGAAACAGACCAAUUCACCCGAGAACUCUUCACAACUAAGAUUCCACGAACAACUGAAUUGGCAAAGACUACUCAGGCACCACACAGAUUAUACACUACUCCUGGGAGGCCCAGAUCACCCGACAGACCACACUUCAGACCUUUUCUGAAUAGGACAACUACAAGACCCCCUAGACCCAAGCCUAGUGGGAUGCCCAAUGGGAAUGGAGUGGGAGCAGGGGUCAAGAAACCACCCAAGCCAAUAAGUGUUGGGAGAAACGUGUCAGUGGACUCCAGCCACCUCACUAAAAAGCCAGGCACUCGCCGUCCACCCUUGCCACCCAGACCUACACCCUCACGAAGAAAACCUUUACCACCAAAUAAUGUCACUGGAAAGCCAGGAAGUGCAGGAGUCAUUUCAUCAGGCCCAAUAACUUCCCCACCCCUGAGGUCAACACUUAGACCUACUGGAGCUCCCUUGGAGGAAACAGAGACAGAUACAAAGCAGCCAACAGCUCCUGCCUCUGAAGAAGAACUGGGUAAUAUAACUGACUUUAGCUCAAGCCCAACAAGAGAAACCGAUCAUCUUGGGAAGCCCAGAUUCAAAGGUCCUCACGUGCGAUACAUCCCAAAGCCUGACACCAGUCCCUGCUCCAUUACUGACUCGGUCAGACGGUUCCCCACAGAGGAGGCUACAGAGGGGAAUGCCACCAGCCCACCACAGAAUCCACCCACCAACCUCACUGUGGUCACCGUGGAAGGGUGCCCCUCAUUUGUCAUCUUGGAUUGGGAAAAGCCACAAAAUGACACUGUCACUGAAUAUGAAGUUAUAUCCACAGAAAAUGGCUCAUUCAGUGGGAAGGACAAGUCUAUUCAAGUUACAAAUCAAACCUUCUCCACAGUAGAAAAUCUGAAACCAAACACAAGCUAUGAAUUCCAGGUGAAACCCAAAAACCCACUGGGUGAAGGGCCAGUCAGCAACACAGUGGCAUUCAGCACUGAAUCAGCCGACCCAAGAGUGAGCGAGCCAAUUUCCGCAGGAAGAGAUGCCAUCUGGACUGAAAGACCCUUUGAUUCAGACUCUUACUCAGAAUGUAAGGGCAAACAAUUUGUCAAAAGGACGUGGUAUAAAAAAUUUGUAGGAGUACAGCUGUGCAACUCUCUCAGAUACAAGAUUUACUUGAGCGACUCCCUUACAGGAAAAUUUUAUAACAUAGGCGAUCAGAGGGGUCAUGGAGAAGAUCACUGCCAGUUUGUGGAUUCAUUUUUAGAUGGACGCACAGGACAGCAACUCACUUCUGACCAGUUGCCAACCAAAGAAGGCUACUUCAGAGCAGUCCGCCAGGAACCUGUCCAAUUUGGAGAAAUAGGUGGUCACACCCAAAUCAAUUAUGUUCAGUGGUACGAAUGUGGGACUACAAUUCCUGGAAAAUGGUAGAUGCUGCACCAUACGCAAAAGUACCUUCUGUUUCUGUUUCAUCAUGGAAAAAAAAAGUCUUUGGAAACACUAUGGUAUUUGUCACAUUCAUUUAAAGCUACUUUGUUUACUAUGUAUAAAAGUCUACAAUCUAAUUAAUAGCAAUAUUAGAUGUUUAUUAGAAGAUUGCUGAGAGUAUUUAUCAGGUUUUACAAAGUCAUUUUAAGAAAGCAAGAUAUUGACAUUAACAGAAUAACAUUUUUGGGAAGCUGGCUCCCUAUUCAUGGUAUUUUAAGAGAUUGUUUGUAUAUUAUUUAUCACACUGUUGUAAUGAUGUUUUGAAAUACUUUUAUAACAAAAUUAACAUCAAAAAACUUAUACUUUUUAAAAAAUAUUUACUUUUUUUUGACGUGUACUCUCUUCCUAUUGAUGAAUUAAUUCCAUAAAUCUCUACUUAGUUUAACUUAUUGGAUCAAAUUAUCUUCAGUUUAUGUAUCUGGGGGGGAAAGGUCCUAGCAUUCAUGUUUAUUUAAACUUCAAUUUUUUAGCAAUAGCUGAACAGCUUUUGUGAGGAACUUAGUUACACAUUCAUGCUAAUAUACACUUCCUUAAAAUACCUGCAAAUUAAAAAUUUGUUUGAAUCAGCACAUUUCACUUCAGCUAAAAAUGAAGCUGAGACGCUGAUAUAUUCAAGUUUCAAAAGAAACAUUGUUUUUUUCUCUACCAGUAUGUAUGUAACGACUUCUGAAUAUACUUUGUCAAACUAUCCCUUUGAGUAAUUGUCUUCAUAUUGUUUCUAUGAGUCUAAUCAAACUGUAUGUACUUAGAGACUGAAUGUGAAAUCUGAGCACAAAAAGAUAAUGCAUGAGACCCCUAGCACUUAACAGGUUAUUUACUAUAUAUUUAUGCAUAGGACCUCUGUGAAUGAAUGUAUCAAAGAAUGUUUUUGUAACUCUGUUCAACUUAAUCUGUUAUGAAAAUCUGACUCAUUUUUAUUUAAAAAAAAAUAUUGUUUCCCUUCAGCUGGGGAGGAAGAUGGAAAUUCUUGCUACAUUGUUGCCCUCAUUCUGAAAGGACUUUUCCCUGUGCUUACCUUUCAAACAUGCUUCAAUUUUAUCAGUGCUACAUUUUGUAUUUUUCAAACAAGUAUAAAUUCUGCAAUAAAGAGGUGUAGUUUUUUUUUAA